CACCCCAGGCUCCGCCCCAGCGCGGCUUUCGAGCUCUAUAAAGUUCCUCUUUCUCACCUCGCAGUCUUAGUUUCUCCACUUGAACUUGGCACCCACCGCAGCCCUCGACUCCCAGUCCUGGGCGAGCGCGCGCGGCGAGUGCGGGAGGCGGAUCCGGGGCACGCCGGGCAUGAACCUGGAGGGCGGCGGCCGGGGCGCGGAGUUCGGCAUGAGCGCGGUGAGCUGCGGCAACGGGAAGCUCCGCCAGUGGCUGAUCGACCAGAUCGACAGCGGCAAGUACCCGGGGCUGGUGUGGGAGAACGAGGACAAGAGCGUCUUCCGCAUCCCCUGGAAGCACGCGGGCAAGCAGGACUACAACCGCGAGGAGGACGCCGCCCUCUUCAAGGCUUGGGCACUAUUUAAAGGCAAGUUCCGAGAAGGCAUCGAUAAGCCGGACCCUCCCACCUGGAAGACGCGCUUGCGCUGUGCCCUGAACAAGAGCAAUGACUUUGAGGAGCUGGUGGAGAGGAGCCAGCUGGACAUCUCAGACCCCUACAAAGUGUACAGGAUCGUCCCCGAGGGAGCCAAGAAAGGGGCCAAGCAGCUCGCGCUGGAGGACCCACAGAUGACCAUGGGCCACCCUUACACCAUGACGGCUCCCUACACCUCGCUCCCAGCCCAGCAGGUUCAUAACUACAUGAUGCCGCCCCACGACCGCAGCUGGAGGGAUUACGUCCCCGAUCAGCCACACCCAGAAAUCCCCUAUCAAUGUCCCGUGACGUUUGGCCCCCGCAGCCACCACUGGCAAGGCCCAACCUGUGAAAACGGUUGCCAGGUGACAGGAACCUUUUAUGCUUGUGCCCCACCCGAGUCCCAGGCUCCCGGGAUCCCCAUUGAGCCAAGCAUAAGGUCUGCUGAAGCCCUGGCGCUCUCAGACUGCCGCCUGCACAUCUGCCUGUACUACCGGGAAAUCUUGGUGAAGGAGCUGACCACGUCCAGCCCCGAGGGCUGCCGGAUCUCCCACGGACACACUUACGACGCCAGCAACCUGGACCAGGUCCUGUUCCCUUACCCGGAGGACAAUGGGCAGAGGAAAAACAUCGAGAAGCUGCUGAGCCACCUGGAGCGGGGCGUGGUCCUCUGGAUGGCCCCCGACGGGCUGUACGCCAAAAGACUGUGCCAGAGCAGGAUCUACUGGGACGGGCCUCUGGCCCUGUGCAGCGACCGGCCCAACAAACUGGACAGAGACCAGACCUGCAAGCUCUUUGACACACAGCAGUUCCUCUCAGAGCUGCAAGCGUUCGCUCACCAUGGCCGUCCGCUGCCGAGAUUCCAGGUGACCUUGUGCUUCGGGGAGGAGUUUCCAGACCCUCAGAGGCAGAGGAAGCUCAUCACGGCUCACGUAGAACCUCUGCUAGCCAGACAACUGUAUUACUUUGCUCAGCAAAACAGUGGACAUUUCCUGAGGGGCUACGAUGUCCCUGAACACAUCAGCAGCACAGAGGAUUACCACAGAUCCAUCCGCCACUCUUCCAUUCAGGAAUGAAAGCGCAUCAAGACAAGUUGUGCUGUGCAGUUGUAAAUAUUGGGCGAAGACACCGAUUGACUGCUCUCUCUUCCUUCUGAGGAACUCAGAAACGGGGCUGUAAGUCAGCAUUGAGAACCGCAGCAAGAACGCGUGGGGAGCGUCAGCUCCACUUGCCUGACAGACGAGCUUACUGCAAAAGGAACGCUAGUCGUCCAGGCCCAACAAGUAGACCACGGCUGCGUCUUUGACGAGAACUGUGAAAACUGACCUCGUGGUGUGUUUACACGUACUUACAUGCUGUCUUUUCCUGUGGUGUAGAUUAGUUCAGGCUUCAAGACUGAGAAAACUUGCAUUUGGGUGUUGACCAGGGACUCAGGAGAAGAAAGCCUGAAAGUGCUGUCCCAUUUCUCAGGGAAGGAAAGUCUAUAAAGUGGAGACUACUAAAGAAUGUAUCCAUGUCUGCAGGAGCUGCAGUUCUUGCAGGAAUGGUUUCCCGAGGGAACUGAGCUGAGUGCCGGCCGAGGCUGUGCCUACAGCUUUGGAUAGCCCACCUCCCCACCUGCCCAGGCUCUCAUGAGGGUGGGCCCUCGCCCUGCCUCCCCUCUGCUUUCUCUCCGUGGCCUUCCCUGGAAGCCAGCUGGUAGACUCUGUUGCCAAAAAGCAUUAGGGUUGCUCUUGGAUGGGACAUUUUGAUAAUGACCACUUAGGAAUAUCUCUGUUUCCUUGUCUCCCCCCACCUCUGAUUCUUUAGAAAGUAUUGCUGAAAUGAUUUUCUGAAAGAAGGGAUUAAAGUGACAGAACUUCAGCAGUACAAGUCCUGAAGAUACAUUUCUGAAACCCCAUGACAUUUACAUUUCCCCUCUUCUGUUUGUUUUGUUUGGCUAUUGGUUAGUUAUCCAUGGCAACACUACGGGGGGAGCCAGCGCCCUCAGGUUGGCAGACUCUGCAGGACGCACGAAGGCAGGACUCGGAUUGCAUAACUGCACUCGGAGCACUGUUUCUGCUGAGUUUGUAUGUUACACGCUUCCUCAUGGCAAUCGCAGUAUGACGGGGCCUGCCUUACCACUUGUGGACUUUUCUAAACACGCGAUUUUACAGAAUCCCAGAGAUCUAUAUGGACUUAAGUAAACCUGACCACUUCUCUGUUGCUCAUCUUGUAUAGACUGGUGCUUUGCUCCAGUAUUUUUCUCAUACUUUGAAAUAAUUGCCGUCACUCCCAGGCUUGGUUAAAGAUUUGGUAGUCUCAAGUAUGUGCCACUCCUAGUUUGAGCUGUAUUUUUUUUAAUUUGUUCCACAAUCCCUUAUUAAAUGCCUGCUGUAUCCCUGGAUGACACAGGCUUUAUCAAGUUUCAUAAGCAAUGAAGCAUCAGAAUGUCAUUUCUUUUUCUUCAAAUCUUUAGAAGGGAGUUUUACAGCCAAAUCAUACGUGCUAAUCACAGAAAAGCUAACCAGUCUAGAAGAACAAAAUAAAUAAAGGAUCCCUUUUUUUUCCCAAGCCAAAUCGUCCACAAUAGAAGUUCAGUGGAAUCUGUGAACACAUUUCACAUCUCUAUAAACAGACAUAAACUGUUUUUAAAACUCCUGGGGUCACACGGUUUUAGGCCAUGCUUCUACUUACCAGUGCAGAUUUACCUCAUUCUUGUGCGGGUGUUGUGGAAUUACACCUGCAACGUGCCCACCGGGGCUUCAGAGACCACAGUCGCCACUCAGCUACGACUGGGCAGCCUUGUGUCCCAUGAACUGCAGUAAUUUAUACAUCUUAUAGAUGCACAGUAUUCUGGGGUAUAUUAUCCUACGGCAAGAUGAAGGCAAACAUAGGGACUGCUGUUCCACAGGGCCCUCUUCCCUGGAGCAUAUGAAUCCACCCAGGCCCCACAGUUCCUGCAGGGUCUGUCCCGGGAGUGGGCGUCUUCGGAGUUCUCCAAGCAGAUGCUUGAUUUCAGUUGCUGUGUGAAUUCUCUCCUUUUGCAGGAUAGUAUGCUGCUUCUGCAAUGUAGCUGCAUUUCCUGGAACAGUGCUUGUUGGUGGGGCCACUGCUCUUUUUCUGGCCUUUAUAGCCGUGUGCGUCGACUUGGUAGAUUUUGAGGGUCGCAGCCUGUGGGCUAGGGAGGGAAUGAACUUCAGCAUGAUGAGCUGUGAGCAUCCCGACAGUUGUCUCAGGCCUCUGGAAGGGAGUGGCUUCCUCAUGCUUUGAUUGAUAAAGUGGGACUCACAAGGCACAGCUGAGUGUGUCCUCAGGGGGCGAUGGUGUGGAAAGAAUGGAGGCGCUUGUGGGUCUCAGAAGGGAAAGGCACAACUCGGGCAUAGGACAGGCUCUUGGCUUGUUUCUGGCUCUUGAGAUAACACAUGUUCGGUAAAACCGUGGGCGGUAAUGGAUGUCUUCUGGAAUGUUCUGGAGAUCCAGGUGACCAACUUGUUCACGCCUGAACACUUGGAACCUUUCAGUCCUGGACAACACAAGACAAUCAGUCGCCCUGUAAAGAACCCACCCAGACCAGUGGGUUUGAGCUAGAAAGAGCCGGGUUCAUGGCAAGAAAAAAUGUGCAAUGCUGCGGUGGAGACAGCAACACGCACCAUGCGGUUCUCACCUGUGCUUGCAAAACUUUUUUUUUUUUUUUUUUUGGAAAAAGAUGGUCCUGCGGCUCGGGUCCACACGAGGCUUCUCUGCCUUGCCAUGCCCCUGGAGCAACUGUGGUGGCCUUGGCACUCACACUUCCUGCAUCUGUUGAUGUCCUGCACCAGGAAGGCCAUGUUCCUUGCAGCAGCCUUGUUUUCAGUAGAAAUCCAAGAUGCAGCUCGAGGUCCCUGCCUCCGUCUCGGUGCGCGUUCCUCCCCACGGCACCUGCUCCUCCGAGACGGCGCGACUCCGUAAGGGCUCUUUCUCUUGCUUGUUUCAGACACCUGAGACUCGUGCAGCAGCCGCCCCAAGGCUGCACUGAGGCUGUUCUGUCAGAUGUAGCAUUUUGCAAGUGGCUUUUCACACACCCCGUGGUUGAGGUUGAGCGCUGUCAGUGCAGGUUUGCUUCGUCCACCCUUGCACUCCAUGGUGAGUAGCCCACCACAUGAAUGCAGUCGUCCUGGUAUUUAUUUUCACUGCUCUUAGGAGCAUGCGCACGAAGUGUAGCUGAAGUGGAGAAGAGGGAGUGGAAGAGGAAAGAGAAGGACCAGCAGGCCAGUACUCUUCCGGUAGAAAAUCUUACUUUGCUUCCGAAUCUUUGAGAUAGGAGGACCUGAUAGGCAGUGGGGUUCACUUCCGUCUCCCCUUUACUGUGCCCGCCCCCUUCCUAUGGUGAGGGCACUGCUGGUGGGUAGGACCAGGUGUCCUGGCUUAAACCCCACGCUCUGCUGGUCCUACGCUGCUGCUGGGACUUGCAGAAUGGCUCAGAACUGGGCAGAACAUUCUGUGGACAGUGCUUCUAGAACAUUCUGUGCUUCUAGAUGUCAUGAAUUUGGAUGUACAUUGCCUUUCUGAUCUGUGUGAUAAAGCUAUAUGUUUAGGUAGUUGAUAAAUAAAGACUUUUUAAAAAAUA